GCCGGCUCCCGCCCCAUUGGGUGCUGCCGCCGGUUCCCCGGCGCUCGCGCUCCCUGCCCGCGCCAUAAAUAGAUUUCUUGGCGGGCGGGUGGCACCUACGGUGCUGCUCACGGCUCGGCGGUUUGCUUUUGUUACUUGUACCGGGAGAGGUUUUUGAGGGACUUUUCUCCCUUCCGCGGCGCUUGAGUGUGAGAGAACUCUUUGGAGGCAGCUGCUGAUUCCGAGCGAGCGUCUUCCCUCAAACCCCGGCGCUGCGGUUGCAACGUCGACCAUCGUCGCUGGAAAAAAAACAACCAGUGCAAUCAAGGCGCUGCACAGAAGACCAUGGGGAAUUUCAGAAGCGUGCUUCUUUUGUGCCUUGGCUUUCUUCUAGUCCAUGUAAGAGGUCAACGCGAUUUUGAUUUAGCGGAUGCUCUUGAUCACCCAGAGGACAUAAUUACCAGGAAGCCUACAGUGAUCAGAAGACCGACAAGGCCUGUGCUGAACAAUGAUCUGCAUUUAGGAGAUGCUCUUGGUGGGGGUGACAUCCCAAGAAAACCUUUAUAUCCACCUCUUCCACCACGACCGGGAAGCCAUAGUAAUUCCGGAGGUUUUGAUGACUCAGAUCUCUUUGAUGGGAAGAUUUUGCCACCACAAAUAGCAGGAGAAGAGGAGCAUCAUUUCAAUCAAGGAGGAAACACGGAUUCAGGAUUAAUAGCUGGAGUUACAUCUCCUAUAAUUUCUGCUUUUGUAAUAUUAGUUGUUGGAUCCAUAGCAGCCUACUCCGCUUACAAGAACAAGAAACUUUGUUUCAAACCACAGGCUGGGGCUACAGUGUAAGCCGCUGAAAGAAGAGUUGCCCUCUGAUCGCAGGCCUCUCUGGUUGGUGACAUUCAGCCCACAGGUCCGACAAAUUCUUUCUUCUUUAUCAUUCUGACAAAAGAAAAUCUUCCUCUAAUGAAUGUUCUGUUGAGACGCUGCAAUCCUGCUCUCUUUUACCUGACGUCACUCGUGCACCUUGAGCUUUACGUCAUCAAAGAUGUGCUUAAAAUGUCCGGGGAUUGUAUUGAAUGAUCCGACCUGCAUUCAUAAAGAUUGGAUACGCAUUUUGAUUCAGAAUUUAUUUUAAACAACGAAAAAAUCAAGUUUAAUAUAAGGUAAAAAUGGAAAGAUUUUGGUUUGUGAGCAUUUGAGUCACUGAACAAUUCUUUUUUUUUUUCCUGUUUUCAAAAUUAGCCAAAAUACUUAAUCCUUCUGAUAGAAUAGGAAUAAGGAAAUUGAUGUUUCCAUUCAUACAUGUUGGGUUUCUUUAGUAUAUUUCUGUAUUAUCCAUAAAGUUUAAGGAAAACAUGAAGUUGUAUAAAGAAUUAAAAAUUUUAAUGCCUUUACUUUGUAUUUAUAUCUGAAUUCUAGCAAAGUGAAAGGAGGUAUAGAUGGAAAAUUCAUUCUUAAUUUUAAAAUACAGCAUGAAAAGAAUAUGUAGAUUGAUGAACCACUGUUUAAAAAAAAAUAAAAAUGAGAGGAACACAUGCUGAUUUUAUUUAUUUAUUUAUUUAUUACUGAAAUGGUGUUUGGCUCUUCUCAGGAACUGGAAUUUGAUGUAAAUUUUGUUUCUCUUCUUGAAAACCUAGGUCCUGUUCUAGGACCCUUUAAAGGCAUUAAUCUGGCAGGCUGUUUUUUUUAAGAACCAUAUUAUUCAUAAUUUCUGUAAAGGGAAAAUAGGUACAAAGUUUUCAGAAUAAUUUAGAAUGAGUCUGUGACUCUUGGUUGUAUAAAAUCUAUGCCACACCAACUUUUAAGCUUCAUACAUAUGCAGAGGUGUGGUUGAUACCGUUUUGCUGGCAAGGCUGUUUCACCUUCUUCCCUUGCUCCUGACCAACCUUGCUGUGCUAACAAAUGUUCUUAUGUAGACAAACGUAUCAAUAAAAACUAACACUUUUCCAGUCUUUCUGCCUUCAUUUAGCUAACUGAAUCAAAAUACUAGCAAAUGAAUGAAAUGCAGAUGAAAGCUGGCAAAACUAGUAGUUUACUGCCAUAAUUCUGCAAUACAGCCAUUUUAGCUAACUCUUUAAAGCACAGAGGAAAUCUGUGUUUUUAUCUUCAUCUUGUAUGUGAAGCAU